AUGACCCAGGGCUUCUGGCGGCUCUACAAGGACAAAGUGCUGCAGACCCUGGGGGGACGGGCAGACGGGGCGCUGCAGGAGGAGGGAGACUCCCCCGAGCUGAUGGAGACAGCCGAGACCCCCACGCUGAUGGAGGAGGGACCCAGCCCCGUGUCCCAGCUGGCGAGGAAGGUGCAGGGGGUGGGUGCCCGGGGCUGGCGGACGCUUUCGUCCCUCUUCACCCGUGAGGAUGAGCACCAGCUGCUCAGCCCGGAGCCCUGCGCAGACCACCCACUGGCCGCCUCGCCGCCUGAGCCACCCCCCUCGGAGAAAGCACCCGGCUUUUGGGAUCUCUUUGCUACCAAGUGGCAGCAGGCGUCAGGGCUGGACAAGGGGGCCCCCCCAGAGCCAGGCGAGAGCCUCGGGGAGCCACCGGGUGACGAUGGCAGUGACCUGCGGGAGCCGGAGGAAGGAGCCUUCCGCUGGGGUUUCCUGGCUGGUAAACUGGCCGAAAUCCGGAAUAAAAACGCCCCCAAGGGCAACUAG